AGUGGACAUGUCGCUGUUCUGCUUCCCAACAAAAAGGCUGCAUCCACAGAGCAGUAGCCAAAUGGUUAUGCCAUCAAGAACACUCUUACCUGAUGUGGUCAGAAAAGACCAGUGAUUCUGAGUAUCUCCCAGAACAGGAAUCAAAAGAUGAGACAAGUGAAGAACAUUCUAGGAGCCUUUAUUGCUAUCCUCCUCAAGGACACUUGUUGAGAAAAAUGCUGGACUACCUAAAGCAAUACAAAAGCAUUCCACUUGCUAUUGACAAUAGACUGGCUUUAGACACACCCAAGCUUACACAAUACAUGCCCUCUGAGACUACAUGCAAGUUCUGUUCUGGGGUUCAACUGGAAGGCCCUCUCACAAUCACAACAAAGGGUAAAGUGAUAGGACUUGAUCAAAUUGUUGAAAAUGUGAAGAUAUACUGCAAGAAGUGUCCCAAGUGUAAUCUCUUCUACAGGUACCAAGAAUACUAUGACGGUGUACACAAUUUCAACGAUUCCACCAUGCUUACACUGCAUUUAUGCUUAUUCCUUCGUCACAGCUUGCAAGCACAUACUGCCAUUGGAAGAGUUGUAACAGUGAUAGAAUCAAUGACGGGAAAAUCACUAUCGCACAACACUGUCUUAAAUGCCUACUGUCAUUUUGAAGCUUUAUCGGAACACAAAUAUGAAUUUUACUGCAUUCAUUUGUCUGAUUUGAAAGUUCCUGAAUCCAGUUUAGAGAACGAUAUUGUUGACUGUGCAAGUUUCUGGAAUAACGUUGAGUAUGAGAUGCUGGGAAAGGGUUUCUGUGAAGGCAACAACAAUCCAUAUGCUGUUAAUCCAGAUGGUAGCACUGUCAUUAACACAGAGUACAGGAAAUGUCCAUCUGCCAAGAAAUGUCCAUCUGCCAAGACCACUCAUCAUGAUAAUGAUGAUUUGGCAAUGGUCUCAGAAGACAGACUUAUUGAUCUUCUCAGCAAUAGCACUAGGGAAACAGUGAAGAAAAUAUGUAGACAGGCAGGUGUAGAAGAUAGUGGAACAAAGAUAGAUUGUGUGCUCCGAUUAAGAAACAAAAUGAACACCAGAAAAGUCUAUGACAAGGUUUUUUCAAAGAUCUGGGGAGCUUCAGGUGGGUGGCUGUCAGCAACUUGUCCCCAUCAAGUCGUUUAUGCUUUAAAAUUUCUACUAAGAGCUGAAAGUCCUAGAGAUUAUAUUGACAUUCUGCUGUCUCUGAAAUACCCUCCAACCAUCACCCUGAUUGAUAUGGCCCACAUGGUUGCUGCUCAUGCAAAUUCUCGUUGCCCAGGAAUGUUUCAACCACAUGAAGGCAGAGUGGCUGCAGCAACAGUCACUAACGAUCAAGCUGCUUAUGAUCAUUCUUUGUCAGUACCCAUGCCAUGGCUGCAUGAGAACCGCAGCCUAAACAAAGAACAAAUCCAAGCUACUCAAGAACAUGACUAUAGCACGACUGUUCAUCCAAUCACUGGGGUAUCUGCUCGAUACUGUUUGUUUGACAAACUACAUGAGGGUAACACCAAGCAAGAGAUUGAAGUGUUGCGUAGAACAGAGCAUGUACCUGAGUUAAAUGGCAUUAUCAAUACUGAAUCUGAAGAGCAACUGCAUAAUGCAAUGGGGAGAGACAGAUAUUUCAUGAACAGCAUGAACGCAGUGAGGCACAUAUUUUUAUUUAGAUCUAAUGUUGAUCAAAGGAAUACUCGUCUCAAUACGGCUGCUACUGAACACUUGCGUCAAGCAUUACACUGCUCAACAGCUGUUGACAAUUUUGGACGAGCUGUAGCUGCAGGCUCUUCCACCACAAUUGGUACUCAUUUAGUUUAUGUUAUGUGUACUACACACAUGAACGGUACCGUGCAGGUAUCUCACGAGCCAAUGACCGUUGUAGCAACAUCAGACGCGGAAGAGACGGUAAUUACACAUACGAAAGCAAAGGCUGCAAAAACAGUUGCUGUUCAGGUAGAGAGACAUAUUGUACACAUAUUUGUAACAAAUUACAUUGAUAAACGCAAUAAACGUGUACUGUAUACAAUAACCGUAGCAGGUGUUCCCGGAGCUGCUGGCACUCCUGGUGCUCCCGGUGCUCCUGGUUAUCGUGGCGAUCGUGGAAGUCCUGGUCCAGGAGGACAAAGAGGAGAAAAAGGGGCAACCGGAAAAGUUGGCCCAAAAGGCGUCCCAGGCGAGACCGGAGUUAAGGGUCCGACUGGACCGAGGGGGCCACAAGGCGUUUUCCGUUUAAACGUGUGCUCUAAUGACAGAAAGGGUAUGAUGAGAUAUAAUCAGCAAGUAAAGGAGGUAGAGUAUUGUGACGGUAACAGCUGGGUAACUCAGUUGUUACUGACACCCGGCAGCUCGUCUUUGUUGCCUGCAACAUCGUGUAGGGAAAUAGCACUCUAUUACAAGUCUUCUGCCAAAAAUGGAAAUCAUUGGAUUAAACCAUCUUACAAUGAUCUACCUUAUCAGGCAUUCUGUGAUGCUAAUGAAGGUUGGACUCUAAUCAUGAAAAUAGAUGGAAAUCAACAAACCUUUACUUAUAGAAGCAAACUGUGGUCAAACAAAGAAACAUUCCAACCAACUAAUUUGGAUUUGGAUGACAAAGAGGCAAAACUUGCUUCGUAUUGGACACUACCAUUUACUGAACUUCGUUUGGGAAUGAAAGUAAAUGGAACAAUCAGAUGGAUCACCCUCAGCUACAGCGCAUCAUCUCUCUACAGCCUCAUUGCAGAUGAAAAGUACAGAAGCACGAGUAUUGGUGAGAAUAAGUGGAGACCUUUACUGCCAGCGUCAUCUCUGCAACAAUACUGCAAUAGGGAAGGAUUCAACACAAGAAGCAGUCACUAUCAUACACCCCACAUCUCAAGUCGUGCUAGAGCACGUUUGGGAUUCCUUGCUAGCAAUGUAAACAAUUGUAAUUCACCAGAUUCUUUUCUUGGUUUUGGAACAGAGUACGUCUACAAAAACAUCAGAAACAGUGCUGGAAACUACAAUGGACAAGUAAAUACGAGAGCAAAUGCCUAUAUUAUGGCACGAUGA